GAUGGGAUAUUAAAUCUCUUAAAUAUGGAGAAUAUAAAUAAAUGUAAAUAUUAAUUAUUAAUAAUAAUAUUAAAAAAAUUGUGGUGGGGGAUCAUAUGAUUAAGAAGGAAAUUAGAAAAAGAUUGGAAAGUGGGUAGAAUUGGAUGAAGGGUUUAAUAUAUAGAAGAAAGUCACUUAUGUUGGCGAAUAUGAUAUGAAUGGGAUGAAAGUAGGCCGAUGGGAUAUUGUAUUUAAGGAUGAGUUGGAAAAGAAAUAUCAAGAAAUGUAGAUAUAUAAUUAUUAGAUCCAUUUAGAUAAUAUGAUUUCGAUGCAAAUUAGAUAGAUCGAUGGAAAACUAAUCGUGAAAAGCAUAUCUAGGAAUAUAAAUAAAUGUAGGCAUGAGAUAAUUAUUAGAUAUAUUUAGUGGCGGGGGUAAUAUGUUAUGGAAAUUAGAUAAAGAUAGGAAAGUGGGUAGAAUUGGAUGAAGGAUUUAAUAAUGAGAAAAAAAUCACUUAUAAUGGCGAAUAUA